GGGGCAACGAGGCGGUGGUGGCCGAGUGUCCGCUCCGAGGGCCCCCGAGCGUGCCCUCACCGGAGGUGGGCGGCUCAGCGAAAGGUUAAUAAUGCUUGUAAGCCAGAGGUGAAAGUGGCUCAGCAGAGCAACAUCAGGAAGUCUGGCAGACUGGAAGAGAACAGCUGCCCCUGUGGGCAGCUGCGAAGUCUGAAGCAUGGAGGAAAGUAAGAAUGAGAAGGUGAACCAGGCUCAUGUUCUCUUCGACAGAUUUAUGCAGGCUUCAACCUGCAAGGGGACUCUCAAGGCUUUCCAAGAGCUCUGUGACUACCUAGAAUUAAAGCCCAAGGACUAUCGUUCUUUCUAUCACAAACUCAAGUCCAAGCUCAAUUACUGGAAAGCCAAAGCCUUAUGGGCCAAAUUGGAUAAGAGAGGCAGCCAUAAGGAUUAUAAGAAGGGGAAAGCAUGCGCCAACACGAAGUGUCUGAUAAUUGGGGCUGGACCCUGUGGCCUUCGAACAGCCAUCGACCUGUCGUUCCUGGGAGCCAAGGUGGUGGUCAUAGAAAAGAGGGAUGCCUUUUCCCGCAACAAUGUGCUGCAUUUGUGGCCGUUCACUAUACAUGACUUGAGGGGUCUUGGCGCCAAGAAGUUUUAUGGCAAAUUCUGUGCAGGAUCCAUAGACCAUAUCAGUAUCCGUCAGCUCCAGCUUAUCCUUUUGAAGGUUGCCUUGAUCUUGGGAAUAGAGAUCCAUGUCAAUGUGGAAUUUCAAGGUCUUGUUUACCCUCCCGAGGACCAGGAGAAUGAAAGAAUAGGUUGGCGUGCAUUGGUUCACCCAAAAACACAUCCAGUAUCUGAGUAUGAGUUUGAAGUAAUCAUUGGAGGGGAUGGCAGGAGGAACACCUUAGAAGGGUUUCGCCGAAAAGAGUUCCGUGGUAAACUAGCAAUUGCUAUCACAGCAAACUUCAUCAAUCGCAACACCACAGCUGAAGCCAAAGUAGAAGAGAUCAGUGGUGUGGCCUUCAUAUUCAACCAGAAGUUCUUCCAGGAACUACGAGAAGCCACAGGUAUUGAUUUGGAGAACAUUGUCUACUACAAAGAUGAUACACACUACUUUGUCAUGACAGCCAAAAAACAGAGCUUGCUGGAAAAAGGAGUGAUACGGCAUGAUUAUGCUGACACAGAGUUACUACUCUCACGGGAGAAUGUGGACCAGGAGGCUCUACUAAACUAUGCCAGAGAAGCAGCUGACUUCUCCACUAAUCAGCAGCUGCCAUCACUGGAUUUUGCCAUCAAUCACUACGGCCAGCCAGAUGUGGCUAUGUUUGACUUCACGUGCAUGUACGCGUCAGAGAACGCAGCCCUGGUGCGAGAGCAGAAUGGCCACCAGUUACUUGUGGCACUGGUGGGGGACAGCCUUUUAGAGCCAUUUUGGCCAAUGGGAACUGGAAUAGCCAGGGGUUUUUUGGCUGCAAUGGACUCUGCUUGGAUGGUACGAAGUUGGUCGCUUGGAGCUAGUCCUUUGGAAGUUCUUGCAGAGAGGGAAAGUAUUUAUAGGCUACUGCCUCAGACCACCCCUGAGAAUGUGAGUAAAAACUUCAGCCGUUACAGCAUUGAUCCUGCCACCCGGUAUCCCAAUAUCAACGUCAACUUCUUGCGACCACAGCAGGUACGCCACUUGUAUAAUACAGGAGACUUGAAAGACAUUCACCUGGAAAUAGAGAACUUUGUGAACUCCAGGACACCAAAACUGACUCGAAACGAGUCUGUAGCUCGCUCUAGUAAACUACUCAGUUGGUGCCAGAGGCAGACGGAUGGAUAUGCUGGUGUUAACGUGACAGACCUCACGAUGUCAUGGAAAAGCGGCCUAGCUUUGUGUGCCAUUAUCCACAGAUACCGUCCAGAUUUAAUAGACUUUGAUUCUUUGGAUGAGCACAAUGUGGAGAAAAAUAACCAACUGGCCUUCGACAUUGCCGAAAAAGAGUUUGGAAUAUCUCCCAUUAUGACUGGAAAGGAGAUGGCAUCUGUGGGAGAGCCAGAUAAACUGUCAAUGGUGAUGUACCUCACACAAUUCUAUGAGAUGUUCAAAGACACCAUCCCCUCUAGCGAUAGUCUGGACUUGAAUGCAGAAGAAAAAGCUGCCCUAAUUGCCAGUAGCAAAUCACCUAUCUCUUUUCUGAGCAAACUGGGACAAAGCAUAUCUCGAAAACGCACUCCAAAGGACAAAAAAGAAAAGGAACUGGAUGGUGCAGGAAAGAGGAGAAAAACCAGCCAAUCUGAGGAUGAGGACAUCCCACGAAGCUACAGAGAAGAAAGGCCCACACUGGUGAGUGCCCUGACAGAGAGAAGAAUUGAUGCUGCCAUUGGGAACCAGAACAAAGUCAAGUCUAUGGCAACCCAACUACUGGCCAAGUUUGAAGAGAAUGCACCAGUACAGUCCUCAAGCUUACGAAGACAGCAACCUGUUCUGCCUUAUCAAGAACGUGUUCACAACCAACCAUCCAGCAGACGAGAGCAGGGCCGUCUUGCUCCCAUACCCCAGUGGAAACAGAUGAGGAAUAAGGAACGUUGUCGGACCUGCCCCAAAAAAGUGAUCAUGCUCUCUUCUUCCACUCCACCUUCCUCUCCACCGUAUCCCAGGCUGCAGAGAUACAGGGAACCUGGUGCUGACUAUCCUGGGGAGCAGAGUCCCAGACAGGAAAGGAGAUCCCCUCGUUUGUUUUCUGAUGACCAAGUACCUGAGAGUGUUGAGCAAAGGGCAUGUCAGCUGGCUGCCCAUCUGGAGUCCAGACGUGCAGUGAGGCAUCAGCCUGAGACUGAACCGUCUCGCCGAUUCUUUGUUGACCAGUGGGAGCUCUCCCUUAGCCUCCGUUCUUCUAAUCGCCCUUCUUCACCUUCAUCUGACUCUCUUCGACAGAAGUAUAUAAAGAUGUACACAGGCGGAGUGAGCUCAUUGGCUGAGCAGAUAGCCAAUCAGCUUCAAAGGAAAGAGCAACCCAAAACCCUUCUAGACAAGAAGGAACUGGGCUCGCUCAAAAAGGAGUUCCCCCAAAACCUGGGAGGCAGUGAUGUCUGUUACUUCUGCCGCAAGCGAGUCUACGUGAUGGAAAGGCUGAGUGCGGAAGGCAAAUUCUUCCACCGCACUUGCUUCAAGUGCGAAUACUGUGCGACAACUCUGCGCUUGUCGUCUUAUGCCUAUGAUAUUGAAGAUGGUAAAUUUUACUGUAAGCCUCACUACUGUUACCGACUCUCUGGUUAUGCUCAACGGAAGAGGCCAGCAGUGGGUCUUCCAUCAGGAAAGGACACCAAAGGACCUCUGCAGGACGCCAUGGCGAGUGAUGGAAGUGGACGAGCAAAUACCAUCUCCACCUCAGCAGAGAGGGCCCCAGGUUCUAAUGUAAAUGGACUGGAAGAGCCCAGCCUCGCUAAGCGACUGCGUGGCACACCGGAACGGAUUGAGCUGGAGAACUACCGACUGUCACUGCAGCGGGAGGAAGAACUGGAAGAGGUUCCCGAGGAGACCCUAGCAGAACAUAACCUAAGCAGUGUGUUGGACAAAGGAACAGAAGAGGAUGUGCCCAGCAGUAGUUCAGAGUCUGAGAUGGAGGAGGAAGAUGAGGAGGAAGAUGAUGAACUACUGCUGCCUCAGCAACCGCCUUCAGACUUGGGUGGCGUGCCAUGGAAAGAGGCUGUGCGUAUCCAUGCCCUCCUGAAGGGAAAGAGUGAAGAAGAGAUUGAAGCUGAAGAAAAUCAUGACAUUGAGGACAAAGAUUAUGAGGAGGAGGAGGAGGAAGAUGAAGAGGAGGAAGAUGAGUCGAGUGAAGCAUCCGACCUUCCCUCCGUACGCCAUGAGGCGGUACAGGCGUGGCUGGAGACGGUCCCUGGAGCUCCAUGUGAGGAGAAUGAUGUGGAGGAUGAGCUGGGCACUGAGCCUGCAGACACAGAAGGACAGGCGUGUGAAGAGGGAGACACGGGUGCAGAGCUGGAUGACGACGACAUCCCAUCUGAUGCAGAAGCAGAGUUUCGCUUACAUCAAAGUGGCGUAGAAGAGCCAGAACUAAAAGUCUCUGAAGAUGAAGAAGAUGAAGAAGACGAAGAAGGAGCAGAAGGUGCUUCUUGCAGUGUAACAGAAGAUCCAUGCAAGCCAUCCAUCCCCAUCCAGUCAUCUAGUGACAGUAUUCUUCCUCUGUCUCCAGCUGAUAGUCCCAAAGCAAAACAAGCAGAGGAUGUGAAAGAUCCUCUGGCUGAAAUACCCCGGGCAAUAAAAUCUCCAAAGGCACGCUUUUUCCCUGAGCCUUUCCUUCUUGAAGAAGGAUCAAAGGGUGAAAUUCCCAAAGACAGGAAAGUUAAGAGCCCUUUGGUGCCAUCAUCUCCAGUGUUAUCACAACCGGUUGCAUCACCAGAGAGCGUUGCACCUACAUCACUAGCAGAGUCUCGGCCAGCAGCACCGACAUUGGCUUCCUCCCUAACAUCUGCUCAAAUGCCUAUCUGUUCCCAGCCUUUGCCUUCUGCUGAAACAUCCAUUCCGUCCCCAGUGGAGACUCCAGUGUGUUUCCAACCGGUUCCAGCCUUAACGUCUACUCCUUUAGCCAAACUCGUCCUUAGGGGCCAGGGUAGCGAGGUGGAAAAACUGGGGAGCCCUACUACUGCAGAAGAAGCCCUGAAACGGAGUAACCUUGUAGAAGAGUUCUGGAUGAAAAGUGCUGAAAUUCGAAGGAGCUUAGGGCUCACCCCAGUAGACAGAAACAAACACUCAGAAACGAACUUUACUGUGUCUGCCCUUGAGACAACUCCUCUAAAGACUUUUAAUAGCGAGACUAUUUCAGGAGAUGAAAGGGCCCGUCUUCUCAAACCCCAGCCUGCCCCAAGAAGACAGGGAUUGUCCAAGUUGGAAAACGAACAGAUUUCUCUGCUCACUCCAAAGUCUCCGUCAGAAAAAGAGCUAAAGAGUUCCAAUGAAGUGAGGAGAGAUGUAUCUAGCAGUUCUGGACUUGGCCUUCAGGAGAGUUCAUCUAACAUGAGAACUAUGGCUAGCCAGAGCUUCAACACUUCUGACUCUACCAUGCUUACUCCUCCAUCUAGUCCACCACCACCACCUCCUCAGGGUGAAGAACCAGCCACUUUACGCAGAAAGAGAUAUCAAGCAGUCUGGCAGAAUGAGGUUGAAGCCAGGUCACCUCCAACACCAGCAUCAACACCUCCUGCUCCACCACGCCGUGAGCUGGCCUCUGCUGCCAAAGAGUCGACCCAGCCCAAAAAAGACGACGUGCGGAAGUCUUUUGCAGAGAGUGUGGAUGAGAUUCCAUUUGCUGACGAUGUAGAAGACACAUAUGAUGACAGAACAGAGAACUCAAGCCUUCAUGAUAAGUUCUUCACACCUCCUACCAGUAGGCCAAAGCCAGAGAAACCGCUUCUUUUGCCCUUGGUCAAAGAAAAUGGUGGUCCACCCUCAAUGGAACAAAAGAAGAGAGCGUUGCCUGAAAUUUCUGCGGAGGCCAAAGAGCUUGCUGAGGAAAGAAUGAGAGCCAGAGAGAAGUCUGUCAAGAGUCAAGCACUGCGUGAUGCCAUGGCUAAACAGUUGUGUAAGAUGAAAGAUAUGGAAAUGGCUGCAGCUGCUGCUGCUGGGACCACAAGGGCACGAAAGGCAUCUUCUAUGCCCUUAAAGACCAAAGAGUUGUUUUAUGACUCUCCAAAGCAUCUGGCCUUGAAACUAGCAGAGGGAUCCACACGAAAGCAUGAUGCUGCUAGUGAGAAGUUCUCCACACCUGCUGCUGAUGUGGCUGGACCUGAAGGGUCUGUCACCUCCUCAGAAGGCUCCAGUGGGAAGAGUAAGAAGAGAACUUCUCUUUUCUCCCCUCGUAAGAACAAAAAGGAGAAGAAAUCAAAAAAUGACAGCAGGCUCUCUGACAAAUCCAGUGGUGGGACAGAAGAAUCAGCCAAGCCUAGGUCAUUGUGGAAGUCUGUUUUCUCUGGAUAUAAGAAAGACAAGAAGAAAAAGGCUGAUGACAAAUCCUGCCCAAGUACUCCCUCAAGUAGUGCCACUGUGGAUUCUGGCAAGCACAAAGCUUCUCCAUUGAUUACAGCUGCAGAUUUGCAGCUCCGUCAACACUUGAGCUUCUCAGAGGACUCUGACCUCUCCAGUGACGAUGUUCUGGAACGCUCCUCCCAGAAAUCCAAACGAGAGUCGAUUUAUGUACCACACGCCUUGGCAUUCAAGAGAUCAUACUCGUCAAAGAGAGCUUACACGGAAGAGGAACUGAAUGCCAAGCUGACCCGGCGAGUACAGAAAGCUGCCCGUAGACAAGCCAAGCAAGAGGAGCUAAAGAGGUUACACAGAGCUCAGAUCAUCCAGAGGCAGCUUGAACAAGUGGAAGAAAAACAGCGGCAACUUGAGGAGAGAGGGGUUGCUGUGGAGAAGGCUCUUCGGGGAGAAGCAGGCAUGGGUAAGAAGGAUGAUCCCAAACUGAUGCAGGAGUGGUUCAAGCUGGUGCAGGAGAAGAAUGCCUUGGUUCGCUACGAGUCCGAACUGAUGAUAUUUGCCCGGGAGCUGGAACUGGAAGACAGGCAGAGUCGGUUACAGCAGGAGCUUCGGGAGAGGAUGGCAGUAGAAGAUCAUCUGAAGACAGAUGAGGAGCUCGCAGAGGAGAAGAGGAUCCUGAAUGAGAUGCUAGAAGUAGUGGAGCAGAGAGAUUCUCUCGUGGCUCUUCUUGAGGAGCAGCGGCUUCGAGAAAAAGAAGAAGACAAGGACCUGGAGGCAGUCAUGCUUUCCAAAGGUUUUAGCUUAAACUGGUCCUGAGCUUAACACAUUUACCUCUGCUGGUCUGUGUUGUCCAGUUGGCCUACCCUGAGUUCGCCAGAAUUACAUGGAUAGGAAGAUGUUGAAGGGGAAACCUCCGAAGGGUGCGACAGCAUGCAGAGAUUUGGUGUGAAGCACUCGGAAGCCUUUUGAUAAGUGUGUUGGUUCCAGAAGCUGAAGUUUUACAUGUCUGCAAGCCAAGUUGGAGAUAGUGAGUUGAGACUGUGGAGUCUCCUUGAGGUCCUGUACAGUGGACCGUAUUUUUGUGUUGUGGGUAGGAGAGAGAGGAAUAAUCCAUGUGUGGGGAAGGAGGUUAAGGGAAGAAGUACCCUUAACUAAACUGGAUUUGUGGCAGUCCAUUCCUUCCCCGUUUGUAUUACACCAGUUCUAAUAAAAGGGAGGGAAGUGGCAACCCUCUCUGGAAAACCACAGCAGCCUGUAGCAGCCUGUAUGGUGGAGUCAGCUGUUCAAGAGAGCUCCAGAAGCCCAGGGCAACACCUUUUUUGCUUUAGUCUUGCUCCCCACCAAAGAAACCUGUAGUUGAUCGUUACGCAUGGAUAUGAAGAAAUACAAGAUGGAGAAGAUACUACUAUUGCGCGUGAUAGAACUCUCUGCCUCCUGGCUUUUAGAGAGAUUUGGGCAUCAGAGGACUCUCUCCCUAUCGUAGCCUCCCAAAUCAUCAUCUUCUUGUGGGGAAAAAGGAGGAGAAGAAGAAGAGAGGGAAGAUGCCCUUCUGCUGUGCUACACACUGGAGAGACAGCUAACUGCUGGCCUUAGUCUUCAUGGCCGCAGCUCAGAGGCUGGUGGGCUUCUUUGUUCUGUCUUUAUUGUGACUGUUUUGACACUGGAAAAUACUGACUGUGGGACAGUGGUAAGUGUGUGCUGGGGCAGGGGUGUUACCAGGCAGCAUUCCCUGGCUGUGAGGCCCUUCCGAGGGAGAAGCCCUUAAAUGACUGAACCACCAUUAAGACUUUUUCAGUGUUUUUAUUAUUUUUUCCUCUAUAUUUUGUUUUUGCACAUUGGAAACGAAACUUAAGACUUGCCUGGGCCCUCAGUCACUUUGACCCUUUUAUGUCCAUUAACUUAUUUUAUAAUACUUGAAAGAAGAUCCAUUUUUAUAUCUUUUAGGGAAAAAAUGGACGAGUGAUGGGUGUGUGUGCCUGCUGCAUCCUACAACUUCCACUUCUAAAUUACUGGACGUUGUUACCUGUGGCUAUUUAUUAGUGUUCUUAUUAAUGAUUUGAUUGUUACGCAUAUUUGAUUGUGGAGGGAGUGUUUUAAGUCUGUUAGAGAAGGCACUACUGUGGAUUGGGGCCCUACUUCACAGCAGGGGCAGCCUUUACGUACCCACAGAUGCAUCCUGCCCUAGGGGUUUUCCUUUAUGACAAAAUCCUGCGCACUCAUGGAGUUGUAAGAAUCUCUUUGUGUUCCUAGGAUACUUUUCUGCAUCCCAGAUUCCCUCUGUUGGACUAAUAAACCCAUAAUUUAUUUAAAUUUUACAUUUUUAUAACAAGAAAGCCAAAACUGUGAGAUAGAAAUAUCUCAUAUGUCUUUCUCACUGAAAGAGGGGAUCCUCACACUCUACAGCUAGAGGAACCUCCACGAAAACAAAAAUAGCACAUUUCCUGCUGCAUCUGUUGGAAGAAGCUCCUUUUGGCUCAGGUAGUGAAGCUGCUGCUUUUCAGCCAAGAGGGUUCUUAUUGUAACCAUAUGUUAACCAAGGAGCAGGAUACGCAGGGAGCGACUCAGCACCGCUGGCUGUGUGACAGACUCCCUGAGCACGAGGUCCAUGCUGCAUCCCGCAGAGCUGAAGCAGCACCAUGUGCUGGGUACAUGUCCCAUCCUUACUGGCACGGGCAGAGAGGGAUUUUUCCCCCCUUGGGAUGCUGACUAUGUUCUUUUCUUGUUAAAGAAGUCCUAAGGCUACUCCCCGAUGUUUUUAAGGAAGUCUCCCAUUCCAAAGCAUAUUCAUACAGCCUACUGAUUUUUUCAGCCUGAACUUAAAAGGCACCCAAGCAGGGCUGAGCAUCCUUUAAUCCUUUGCCCCAGGCCAGAAGUUAUCAUGGUUUCUUGCUGUUGGCUCCCUACUUCCUUCAAAAGAGAUCUUCUGUAAGCCAGAGUCCACGAUUUGAAUUCACCUCUGACUUAGGAGCAUACCUCAGGCUGAAGAGGAGUGAGUAGGAGUGUCCCCAGAGAUUCUGAGUGGUGCUGGUUGUUAACUGUGGAAACAGCUUUUUCCUGCCUCAAGUGUUCCCCCUUUAUCUCCACGAGUGUUUUUGGCUACAGCAUUACAAAUGAAACCCAGAUGCUUAUGAAACCAUGCAGAGGGUCCAACAAACGGAAUCCCCCCGACUGCCCAGCUCAGGGGGCAGCUACACGACUCAAAUUGGCAAUGGUAGUUUACAUGGUCUGCAUCGGCGGGGCUGGUGGAAGCCAGAGAGGAGGAGGAAAGAAAGAGGGAAGCUAAAUACGUAGUUUAUUGUAAGCUGCCUUGCACAGAGAGUUGCCCUCAGUCCAUUUGAUAGUGCACUAGGUAUGUGGACUGUGUCCAACUUUUAAUAAAAGAUCAUCGAAUGUGACCCAUAGAACAGAAAAAUCUUGAAGAAGAAACCCAGGAUCACUGCUUUUCCCUUUCGUGCUGGGGGGAGGCUGGGCAGAUCUUUGCAAUCUUUGGAGAGUGGUAUCACUGGAAGGCAUAAUGCUCCACUGCGGGGUUAACACCAUAUCUUCUAAAUGUGAGCUCUGUAGGUGAUGCUGAAGGCCUCCAGCAGCCAGGAUGAAGAGCUAACGUCGCACACACAAAUUAAUGAAACAUACACGAAAGGGAAUGUUAAAAGGCCUUUUUAUAUCAAAAUGGUUGUAAAAGGCACAACUUGUAUUUGCUGUUCAGUUGCACUUUAAGAGUUUGACUUGCAUAUCAGAUACUGGGGUUUUUUUACUAUCUGAAUAUUUUUAAUUCAAAUUUUGUAUUUUCAAAGCUGAAGAAGGCUCUUGUGACAAGAAGAUCCCUUAUUUGUAUUGGAAUCCAAGCAGAAUGUCCUAGCUCUUUGUGCAGCCCAGGUGGGCAGCAGCACAUGCCUCAGCCACGUGCGUUCAGUGCCGUGUGUCCGUCUGGUGUGUGAGGGGAGCGGGAAGGCCCUCAGCCUCCGAGCAGCGGGCACGCGAGGGCACUGUCCCCAAAUCAGGGCCAGCCGCUGCCUCCCUGCAGUAGGCAGGAGGAGAGCAGAGCUUGGAGCUGAACCUGUGUGUUCCUUUUGAGAUGGGCAAGCACUUCAGUCCCCUACGGGGAAGGGAAGGGGGAUAGCACCUCCUGGAAGCACCUGGGAGGCAGACAGGGACAGGGGAGCUAGGAUUGCCAAAACAAGUAACCUGCUUUUUUCCCAGUACAACUAUUGGGUUUUACUGUUCUGUUCCUUUUAACCACAUUUUCAUUAAAACCGAAAUGGCUGUAAAAUCCCGAGCUUCAAAGGACUGAUGCGUGGGGGAGGUGGCAAGACGUUUCAGCUCCAACUUCCAGACCUAUUCCUUCUUUUCAGUUAGCUGAUACCCCAAGGUCUCGCUAGGGCACGUUACAAACUGCAUUGCUGAACACAUUUUAGAGCAAAAGGCAAGUUUGAAAAGCCUGUCCUUCUCUGUAUCCGUCUCUGCAUUUUAUGUAAAUAUUUGUUUGUAUGUAAAGACACCAGUGGGUCCUUGGGUUAUCCCCACGGUCAAGAAUCUGAGUUUUGUGCAAUGCCUAGGCCUCUCUUAGAACACGGUGCUUGCGUAGAGCUAGUCACCACAUUUGUGUGCACUCCGGUGGUUGUUUAAUAUUUUUAUACAUCCUAAUCCUGAACAUUAUGAAGUAUUAUAAGUGGUCUAGACUGCAUGAUCUAGAGCAGCCGGCAGUUCCAUUUUCUUAGCAGCUGUUCCUAAAAUGUUCACGGCUACACCUCGUUUGGUUAACAUUCUUUUGAGUUUUCAGUUAAGCGUUUACACCAGACACCAGUGGACGAGGAAGGUGUUGCGUUCUAUAAAAUCUCCCGUGUACAGUUUGUACAGUACAAACUGAAAAGCCACAACAUGGCUUUAUGAGAAUGUCAGUCAUUAUUGUCUGCAAUAAAGAGAACUCUAAAACAUACUAAAAACCAGCCUGUAUAUAGUUCACAGAGAAGGAGAUCGCUGGUGCUCAACAGUUGCAAAAUAACAGAGAUUAAGAGCUUUCCAGAAGUUCCUGCUUUUGGGUAGCUCAGAGUACUGCUACAGGCAGGGUGGCUAGCUGGGCAAAUGGGAAGGUGCUGAAAGCAGAUGUGAAGGGGAGGAUGCCGUGUUCUGAUGGCAGUGCAGUCAUUUAAAUACUCUGUAUCUGUGCGUGCAUGCAUGCGUGUGUGAAGUCUUAUCCAGGUGAAGGGAUCUGCUUUGGCAUCUUCCCUUUUGUGUGAAAGUGAACUCUGAUAUUCAGAUUGUUCAAGGCUUUUACGGUUGGCAUGUAUGGAGUGUUAACAGAAAAGCAUUAUACCCUACCUGUAAAAAAACCCAACUCUGUUCCAGCCUGUUUUCUUCUGUUUGGUUGUGUUUUAUCGUUUGUUUCUAUGCACACUUGCUUCGUUGGUGUUGAGAUUUUAGCACCUCAGAUGGCCAACUGAACUAAAAAAAAAAAAAAAGGAAGAAAAACAAUAAAGUCAUUAAUUAUUUUUUCUU